AAAGACCAACAACAACAACAAUGGCACACGGUCCAAUGAGUGGCAUGAAAAUUACAGGUGGUGAUAACGAUCCAACAAAGAUUCAUCAAGAACAAGCCAAAGAUGGCAAAACAGGACAGGAUUUUACCUUUAAAUACACUACUUAUAAAGUAGCUGGCAAUGGUUCUUUUGGUGUAGUCUAUCAAGCAAAAGUAGUUGAUACAGGUGAAAGUGUUGCCAUCAAGCGGGUAUUUCAAGAUAGACGCUUUAAGAAUCGAGAGUUACAAAUCAUGCGCUGUGUUUGGCAUCCUAAUGUAGUUGCUUUGAAAGCCUUUUUUUAUUCUAAUGACCAAGUCAAGAAAGAUGAUGUCUAUCUUAACCUUGUGUUAGAAUAUAUUCCAGAAACACUAUACCGUACAUCGCGUCAUUACGCUAAAGCAAGACAACCUGUUCCUAUGCUUUAUGUUAAACUCUAUACAUACCAACUCAUGCGUGCACUUGCUUACAUUCAUUCGAUUGGUAUUUGCCAUCGUGAUAUCAAACCACAGAAUCUAUUGAUUGACCCAAGUACAGGUAUUCUUAAACUAUGUGAUUUUGGAAGUGCAAAAGCACUUCAUGCAGGUGAACCCAAUGUUUCUUAUAUAUGUUCUCGUUAUUACAGAGCACCUGAACUUAUCUUUGGUGCUACGAAUUAUACCUGCAGUAUUGAUGUCUGGUCUGCGGGUUGUGUCAUGGCAGAAUUGAUGCUCUGCCAACCUUUAUUUCCAGGCGAAUCUGCCAUUGAUCAAUUGGUUGAAAUCAUCAAGGUAUUAGGCACACCUUCAAAAGAGCAAUUGUUGGCCAUGAACCCUUCUUAUACCGAACAUCGAUUUCCUCAGAUCAAACCUCACCCAUUCACAAAAGUGUUUCGAUCCCGUACGCCUGAAGAUGCCAUUCAUUUCGUAACCAAGCUGUUGCAAUAUGAACCCUUGAAACGAUUGACAGCUUACCAGUCUUUGGCUGAUCCCUUUUUUGAUGAAUUGCGUCAUCCUAAUGUACGCAUGAUCAAUGGAAAAGAAUUACCACCUCUGUUUAAUUUUACUUGUCAUGAAUUAUCGAUACAACCUGACUUGAUUCCUAAACUUGUGCCUCCUCAUGCUGAAAAUGCCUUAUUGGCAGAAGGUAUUGAUAUUCGUAAUUUUGUUCCAAUGACGCCAGAAGAGAUGAAGAGUGUUAAUGUACCUCGCUAAUAAACUAUUUUUUUUUUUUUACCCCUGAAUCACUUCUUUCUUAUGGAGGAUGUUGUGGCUUG